AUGGAGAACAAAGAAAAUAGGAAGAAUUUACCAAGCUGUAUGGUGAAGGGUCCUGGACCAGUAUAUGAAUUACGGACAUUAGUUGGAUAUGAAGGUCAUUGUUUGUCUCGACAUAGAGGUCCAGCAUAUAGCAUGCGAUUUGGUACUAAACUAGUCGUACCAAGUGUUGGUCCUGGACCGCAAUAUAAUGUUGCAAAACUAACAAAUUAUGGAGUGGAUAAUGCACCUGCAUAUACAAUAUCUGGCAGAAAACCAUUUAAAGUAAGAGAUUCCGGGCCAGGACCAGGAGCACAUUAUCCAGAGUUAUGCCCACCCAUGAAUCACAACGUCAGAGCACCCGCUUAUAGCAUUAAAGCUAGAGGUAAAACGAAAAUUAGCGACAGUGGUCCUGGCCCAAAUGCAUACAGUUUGCCAACGUGCAUAGGUCCCAAAAUUCCAGAUAAAACAGCACAAGGUGCUUUUACUAUAGGUGAUUAUCAUAAAGUGAAACAAGAAAACGUCAGUCCUGGCCCAGCAAAUUAUGGGAACUUAAAACUAGACCUCAUAAAGCGUAGUUCUCCAGCGUUCAGUUUGAAGUGGCGAAAUCAAUUAACAGAACUAGAUUUUAGCCCAGGGCCAGGGUAUUAUCCUCAAUAUAAUACUGGCAGACAUCCGCCAAUGUACACCUUUGGUAUCAGACACAGUGAAUGCGCAGGAGUCCCCGUCACAGAUUUAGACGAAGAUUAA